AUGGAGUCGCUGCCGCCUAGACGUAUCGAGAAUGGACAACCACAGCAGACAGUGGUGCUGGAAACCAGCCCCAAUGCCACAUUUUCUUUGCCCACGGCUCUUCAGUUAGCAUGGUCUGCCGUGAUUGGCUGCUACAAUGGAACAAAUACUGCCAGAUUUGACGUUCUUCACGUGGACACCUUGGCUACCGUUGCCAAUCAGGCCCUCGCUGGCAGUGCUGUUGCGGUCAAGCUUUCGCGAAACGACUCUGUGCAGCUCGCACUGCAUAAAAUAUCGCAACUCAAAAGCCAAACUGAAGACGAAAAAUCCGAUACCCUGCUGGUUCUCUUCCCAGGAACAUGCGCAGCCGCAUCAACGCCACCAUCCCAUCGCUAUGCACACUCGCAGUACAAUCUCUAUCUGGAGUGUAAUACGGGCGAGAAGCCAGUGUCUCUACGAGCCGUCUAUGAAAACUCAAAGUGGUCGCCCGCGACGGUUAACUUUAUGCUGCAUCAGGUUCGACAUGCUAUGCAAGUGAUGACGGUCUCGUUGACGGUCCCAGUUUCCGCUUUGCAGGGCAUCAGCGCUGAGGGUCGGCAGAGGCUUAGGGACUGGGACCCUGCUCCGCUGCGGGAGCCACGGCUCGAAACUGUGUGGUCUGCAAUCGAACAUCGCUGCAAGCAACAGCCCCUUCAGAUGGCUAUUGAGUCCUGGGAUGGCCAGGCUACAUAUGCCGAGCUCGAACAACGGGUCUCUGCUGUCGCGGAGAAACUCUCGCAGUUGGGGUUGAAGCCAGACUCAUUUAUAGGCUUGCUGCUGGAAAAAUCAAUGAUGUCUACAAUCGCCAUCCUCGGUGUCAUCAAGGCCGGAUUUGCAUUUGUACUGCUUGAUGCGUCGCAGCCAACUCAACGUCUGAAAGCCAUGUGCACCAUCACAGCUGUGAGGAUGAUUAUUGUCUCACAGAAGCACAUCGAAAAAAGCUCCGAGCUUGGUGUCUCUCGCCACUCUACGGAAGACUUUGCAAUAGUACCUUCGGGUGAUGUAGAGCAUAUUUGUCCGCAACCCAGCAGCCCUUUAUACGCCGGCUUCACCUCGGGAAGCACUGGCGAGCCGAAAGGAUUUGUCAUUCAACACGAUAACUUUAUGAGCGGUCUCGAUGAGUAUUGUAAUGAAGUGAGCCUCAAAGAUAGCUCUCGUGUGUUUCUGUUCGCUUCAUUUUCCUUCGUGGUUAGCAUCACGGGCCAAUUGGCGCCUCUCUCUCGUGGCGCCUGCUUGUGUAUUCCAUCACAACUCCAGCUUGAGAAUCACCUCGCAGGUACAAUACAGAGCUUGAAGGCAAAUUGGGUUGCUACCACUCCUUCUGCGGCCCGCGUCUUGGUCUCUGCAGACGUUACCUCGCUCGAAACAAUGGUCAUGGUAGGAGAGGAAAUGACCUCGUCAGAUUUGGCUAAAUGGAGCCAUCUGAACCUUUACUCGCUCUACGGCCAAUCUGAAAAUUCCAAGGGAACCAUGGUUGCGAGGAAGACAGAAGGCGUUACCGCAUCUAGCAUUGGCAGACCGUACCAUGCCAAUGCCUGGAUCGUGGAUCAGGAAGACCACAAUGUUCUCGUGCCGAUUGGGGCAGAAGGCGAGUUGGUCGUAGAGAGUCCAUGCCUGACCAAAGGAUAUAUCAACAACAGAAGCCAGAAUGAAAUAUCUUUCGUGAAAAAUCCUGAAUGGAGUGAUGGUUUCGGACGACAAGGUGAUGUAUGCAUAUUCAAGACAGGAGAUUUGGUGAGACGCAAUGCAAGCGAUGGCUCAUUUCAGCUUCUUGGGCGAAAGGGCACCAGAAUAAAGAUCAGAGGCCAACGUGUGGAAUUAGGUGAGGUCGAGUAUCAUAUUCGACGACUACUGCCGGUGGCCAGAAACGUCGCCGUGGACAUCGUUUGUACGGCGGAGGACGCGCUCCAGCAGUCACCGAUGCUUGUGGCCUUCAUUCUUAUGAGUACAGAGUUGGGCAUCGACAAAUCCGCGCCUCUGCUAGCCGCGCCAAGGCCGGUAUUCCAGAAGCAGUCAUUGAUGUUGGAUGCGGAGCUGAAAAAGGCCCUUCCGUCGUUCAUGGUCCCAACAGCAUACGUCGAGUUGGCGACAAUGCCAAAAACAAGCACGGGCAAGCUCGAUCGGCGAAGGAUGCGCGAGGCAGCGGCAACUUUGAGUCGCCGGGAACUCAUUGGCUAUUCGACCAUGCGAGCUGCGUACAGGGAGGCGCGUUCCGAGGAAGAAAUUGUUAUACGAGACCUCUGCGAGCAUAUACUUCAGCUUCCAAGAGGCGAGGUUGGCAUGAACGACACAUUCCUUGAUCUUGGAGGAGACUCGCUCAUGGCACGCCACUUCAUUACCGGCGCUAGAUUGAGCGGUCUGUCGAUAACACUGCAAGUGCUUUUUCAACCAGUAACAUUAGCUCAUAUUGCACGGAGUGCCGGGGCCAGGAAGGAGUGCGAAAUACCCUAUGAACCCAGCGGUCCUGAUGGCUUCACAGAGCUGAAAGAAGAGUUUAUAAGUGAUCUUCCCGAAUCCCUCUGCGAGGGUGAAAUUGUAGAUGCUUUUCCCACAUUGGAAACCCAAGCGGCCUAUGCCUCGAGCCGAGUGGUGGAUUGCUUCCCAUUGCACAUUUCUGGGUCUGUCGAUGUGGAGCGACUUCGCCGUGCCUGUCAGAUGGUCACUGAUAGACACGCGAUUCUUCGAACUGUGUUUCACUGUUUUCGCGGAAGUCUAGUUCAAGUUGUCUUGCGUGAGCUAGACCUGCCUUUCGUGGAGCAGAAGUGUGAUGGCUGGGACGCGGCUGUUCACUGGGUGAAAGAGUUUGGAUCACAGGAGCUGAAGAAGCGAUAUGACAUCGGCAAGCCCAUUGUGGGAUUCGUUUUGGUAAGCGUUCCUUUGGAGGCGCGCCACAUUCUCGUCAUGCGAUUGUGCCAUGGGCAGUACGAUGCGCUUUGCUUGCGACCACUCAUCCAGGAUCUGUGGUCUGCGUACCAGGAUGUGCCUCUUUCGGCCAAGACCGAGUUCAAAAAGCAUGCACAAGAUUGCUUUCGACAGCGGAAAUCGCAAGUUUAUGAUGUUUGGCGUGGCGUACUACAAGGUUCCCAGCCACCGUCACUGUUCCCGCGAUUAGAAGUAGUAGAUGAUAUAGCUACACUUUCCCUGACAACGAGACAGCUGCCCACAAUCCGGCCACUUGCCGGAGCGACCGCAGCUAGCAUGGUCAAGGCGGCAUGGUUCGAAGCCCUAUGGCAUGAGACAGGACAUAACGACAUAACUUUUGGGCAGUUUCUUCACGCGUGGUCUGGUAACGAGGGCGUCGUCGGGCCCUGCAUGAACGUGAUUCCUGUGCGUGUGCGUCAGCUGCAGGGACAAACACGACGGCAGACUCUUCAGCGCAUCCAGGCACAACACGCCGAGACUGCGCCGGCCGACGCGCUUGGCUGGAGCGAUAUUGUUUCCAACUGCACAGACUGGCCUGCAGCUACCGAGGUGGAUUCAGUGGUCCUGCAUCAAAACUUUGAUCGCCACAUUGAGAUAGUCAGUGACGGGAUUAUCUGCAGAAAAGAAACGCCGAUUCUGUCGCAGUGGGCCGUGUUCCCGAUGCUGCUGGUGACGCACCCGCGCGAGAGCAGGCUGGAUGCCCUGCUUCUGAUGUCGUCGAGGUAUCGAGGGCUGCGCGACCCUGCCAGCAUGUUGUGUAGAUUUGCGCGGGCACUGGAACUGCUACAGAGUCACCCAGACGAGACAUUGAAGAGCGAAGGAUUAUGA